UUCUUGAAACGUUUUUAAGUUUGGCUAGCAAGUGCAGAAAACAAUGUUUUCUGUGAAACGGAUGACAAAAUCUCCGUCUUUCUUGCUCGUAACCCGGGAAACAGUCAUCUUUAAGAGAUACUGUUAAAACGAGGAAAAGAUGAACUUGUGUGGUUAAUUUAAAGUUGAGACAUUUUUCGUCGGGCUUGUCAAUGAUCUUGAUCACGGUUUGCCCCGACGAGGUCGUUUGUGCGCGUAUUUGCCUGUUAGUUUGCCGGUAAAACUGUAUUAUUAUUGACUGUUUUUGUCUGAAAUCGAAGUGCAUGGUGUACCCGGCGAGCCGGCUCGCCGUCGCCAUCUAUCGGUGAUGUUGGGUAAGGCUGUUUACAAGAGCAGAGGAGCUGCGUUUGGUGCUUUUGACGAGUUGGUCAUAUCAGUGGAGUGGGGAUGACUGACACUCCCCCCAGUGAUGGACCCUCUCAGGGAGCUGAGUUUGACAUGAUGGGAGCUCUCGACUGGAAAGAUGGAAUAGCCACUCUGCCAGGCAGCGAUAUAAGGUUCCGCAUGACAGAGUUUGGGACUCUUGAGAUUGUCACAGAUCUGGAGGUCAAAGGGCAGGAGGCAGUGUCUAACAGUGAAACCUUGGACCCUGCGCCGUCUCACACUCCCACCCCUCCACCAGAGGCCCAAUCACAGACGGCCUCAGCUGCAGCUCCAGCCAAUCAGAGUAAAGCAGGAUCAACUCAAACUAAAGAGGAGGGUCCCAGCAUGGAGGCUCCCAAUGUGGAGGUGGGUCCCAGUCCAGAAGCUGGUUCCAAUGCAGAAACAGGAGCUAAAGGAGAGCUGCUGAGGUGCAGGGCCUGUGGCAGUCGUGUUUCUGGAGCUGCCCUCUUUCAGGGCAAAUUCUGCAGCUCUGCGUGUGCCCAGCCUUCCAGUGGCAGGUCAUCUCCUGCCCAGGAACGGGAGAACCCUGCAGUAGAGGGACUAGGCAAACGUGUGCGCAAAAAGAGGAAAAUCUACAUGGAUUCUGGUGAUGAAGAAGAGGACAACCAAGAGGAACCGGAGGAAAAGGCUAAGACUACUAAAAGUAGAAGGGGAGCCAAAAUUGCAAAGCUCGUGUCUACCCCACCCAAUAAGAAGCGUGCAUGGAGCUGGCCUGCUUACCUGGAAGAGGAGAGAGCUACUGCUGCACCUGUGAAGCUCUUCAAAGAACAUCAAUCCUUUCCUCAAAGUAGGAACAGUUUUAAGGUCGGCAUGAAGCUGGAGGGCCUCGACCCAUCGCAUCCGUCUUUGUUCUGCGUUCUCACUGUUGCAGAGAUCCAAGGUUACAGAGUCAGACUGCACUUCGACGGAUACCCAGAAUGCCACGACUUCUGGGCCAACGCCGACUCGUGGGACAUGAAACCAGCGGGUUGGUGUGAAAAGAACGGACACAAGUUAUUGUUGCCCAAAGGUUGUAAAGAAGGCGAGUUUAACUGGAGCAUGUAUGUGAAAAACUGCAGGGGCCAGCUGGCUCCAAAACAUCUUUUCAAAAGCCUUAACACCUCUGUGACUCCAUCUGGGUUUAGAGCAGGAAUGAAGUUAGAAGCAGCUAACCGGAGGAACCCUCAGUCCAUCUGUGUCGCAACAAUUGCUGCUGUUGUCGACAACCGUCUGCUGAUUCAUUUUGAUGACUGGGAUGAUACACAUGAUUAUUGGUGUGAUGCUAGCAGUCCUUACAUCCAUCCUGUUGGUUACUGUGAAGAGGUUGGAGUAACUUUGACCACUCCAAAUGACGACAAGAGUUUUUCAUGGGAGAAAUACCUGGAGGAGACGGGGACGCAGGCCGCUCCAGCACGAGCCUUCAAACCGCGACAUCCGCAUGGUUUCCAGAUGGGAAUGAAAGUGGAGGCUGUUGAUAAGAGGAACCCUAUGCUCAUUCGAGUCGCCACGAUCGUGGACACCGAGGACCACAGACUCAAAAUCCAUUUUGAUGGCUGGAGUUCAGAGUACGACUAUUGGGUGGAGACCGACUGCCCGGACCUGCACCCUGUCGGGUGGUGUCAGAAAACUGGACAUCCACUACAGUAUCCUAAUGGACCCAGUGAUGUAUUGACCGUCCAGGGACAGGGAUGUCCCACUCCAGGAUGCAAUGGCGUCGGACACAUCAGGGGACCACGCUACGGGACCCACUACACCCAGGUGAGCUGCCCGUACUCUGAGAUCAACCUGAACAAGGACGGUUUGCUGCCAGAUCGCCUCAGUGGCGAGCGACCCCUCACCCUCAGCGUGCUUCAUCCACGUGGCCGACGCCCAGAUCCCCCCGCCAACAGCUCCACACCAAUCAACUCCCCAGCAGAGCAGCCUGAAGGAGCUGUGGACUCCCAGAGCAGGAAACCAGUGGUGGGGGAAGCUGAUCAAUCAGGUUGUAAUAACCAGCCGGAGCCAGUAGGGGGAGCCAGUGAGCAAAGUCAGAAUGGAACGAGGCCUAAACGGAUGGCCCCUGUUCCUAAAUACUUGAAAAUGCACUAUGUCAAGGAGGAACUCAGUGACGGUAAAUCUUCUCCAGAAGAAAUGUCCCUCCAGCAGGCCCUCCACGAGUCUGUGUUCUCUCCCGGCAUCUCUGCUUCUCCUCCACACCGGGUUGCUCUCUGCUGGGACAAGCACUGCCAGCUGCUGCCUGAGGUCCUGGGACUCACCGCCAAGAGAGUAGCCACGUGGAGCGCAGAGGAGGUGGCCACUUUUGUCAAAGGACUCCCAGGAUGCAAAGAACACGCUACGACCUUUAAAACAGAGCAAAUAGAUGGCGAGGCCUUUCUGCUCCUCACACAAGCAGACAUCGUCAAGAUCCUAUCAAUCAAGCUGGGGCCCGCCCUGAAGAUCUACAACUCCAUCCUCAUGCUGAAGAACGCAGACGAAGAGUGAGGCCUAGCUCUACGAGGAGUCGCUCCUUUUUUUGUCUCAUCCCUUUCAUUUUCUUCACUCCGUUUUGGCCUUAUCCUAAAAAUCCGCCAGAAGGAGUUUGACGGCUUUGACGACCAAGAGAGCAGGAAGCCAAAUCAUCUCAAAAGCGUCCUUUUUGUCCCCCAUCGACACCGACGUCAAUUUUCCCCGACACCCCCAGGGUUCCCCUAACUUUUGUUGUGUUUCUAUUACAUAAUGUGUUUUUAUUUUAUGUAUAAAAAAAAGAAAAGCAAGCACCUUCCUAAUAUUGUACAAUAUAAAUGAGAUUUUUGUUUAGUUGCAUUUCUGGAUUUAACUGAUGAAAUCCUGCGUGGAGUUCGGAGCAGGUGGAACAAAUAUAUUUGUGUUGUUGUUUA